UGGUUUUAUUAUAACAAAUAUCAUAAUGAAAUUAGUGCUGUGUUUGGCGUUGUCUGUGGUGUUGGCGGUGAACGCAUCGCCCGUUUUUGAGCAGGAGGCUCAGGGUCAGACCUGGGUGCUAUUGUGCUCCGGUGGUAUUGGCUGGUCUAACUAUGCCAUCUCGGCCAACGUAUACCACGCUUACCAAACAGUUAAGAAACAGGGUAUACCCGAGAAGAACAUCGUGGUGAUGCACUACGACGAUCUAGCGUUGAACAAGGCCAACCCCACCCAGGGUAAAAUUGUCAACGCCCUCGACGGUGAGGAUGUGUACGCCGGUGUGCCUAAGGACUAUGUGGGCGCCGAUGUGACACCCAAGAAUUUCUUGGCUAUUCUGCGAGGAGACCCCACACUGAAAGCUCAGGGUAAAAAAGUGAUCGAGAGCGGGCCAAACGAUAAGGUGUUUGUUUACUUUAUGGACCAUGGUUCAGUUGGUUCCGUACUGUUCCCGAAGGGCUAUCUCUACGCAGACGAGCUGAACACACAGCUAAAGCAAAUGAACACGGACAAAAAGUUUGCCCAGCUGGUUUUCUAUUUGGAAGCCUGCGAUUCAGGCUCAAUGUUUGAGAAACACUUGCCCACCGACAUCAAUGUGUACGCCAUUACCUCGUCCAAAUACAACGAGUUGAGUUGGAUGUGCACACAUGACACUGUCCGCAAAACUUACCUGGGUGGCUUUUUCGGUGUCACCUGGUUGAAUGAUAGCGAGGCCAAUGACCCCCAGAUCGAGAUCUUGGACAAACAGUACGCCUACAUCGUUGAGCACAAUAAUUUCACCAUGGACAAAGAGACGCACACCCAGCACUCGCAGCAUUAUGGUGAUUUGAGUAUCGCCCACCAGCAUGUAUCCGAGUUCCUUGGACCUAAGAAAGUGCCGGCCGCGUUUAACCAAGUUCAUCACGAUAAUGUCGAGUACGUCAACAUCCGUGACGUGCCGAUCAAGUUGGCCGAGAAAAACAUUGCCUCCACCGACGAUCUCUAUGAGAAACAAAUUUACGUUGAUGAGUUGGCCCGGCUAUUAAAGGGCAGAGAGUACGUGGACACACACCUGUACGAGUACGUGAACAGUAUUCAACAAUUCACAGCCAUGGAAACCGAGCAGCUAUUGAACAGCAAACUGGAAUUGAGCGAGGACAUGUCUUGUUAUAAAAAGUUUGUCGACACCUUCCACAAUAGGUGUUUCAAUUUGAACGAGAACACAUACGCGUUCGGCAAAAUUGGCGUGUUCAAUAACAUUUGCAACCAGAUGGUUUACGAGGGCGCCGUUGACAUCGCUGUCGAGUAUUUGGCUCAAUACUGUGACAACCAUGUUGCAUUGUUCCAGUCCAACAUUGAAUAAUUGAUUAUAAAUUACGUUUACUAAGCUUAUUAAAUUUAAUAAAUAAAAAGUACAAUCAUAUUAAA